AUGUCUGAGUACUGGAAAUCAACGCCCAAUUAUUGGUGCAAGCACUGCAAACAAUAUGUCAAAGAUACCAAACUCGAGAAAACAAAUCAUGAAGCCAGUCCGCGACAUCAAGGCAACCUUAAGCGCUUCUUGCGCGACUUACAUCGUGGCCAUGAAAAAGACCAAAGAGAAAAGGAUCGAGCGAAAGAUGAAGUCGCGCGACUAAACGGCAUAGUUAGUAGAAGCGGCGAAGCAGGAAGCUCUUCACAGUCCUCGAUACCUAGCUCAUCGAUACCAAAACCCCCAGCGACAGCCUCGCAGCGAAAGCAACAAUUGGUGCAGUUGGUGGAGCUAGGCGUUAGUGUUCCAGAUGAAUUCAGAUCCGAUCUAGCUAUGGCGGGAGAAUGGCAGGUCACUGCUGAGCGUGUAAUUGAUGAUGGGGACGGAGAACAGAAACCAGAUGCACUUGCAUUGGGGGUUCGAAAAAGGGAAGCCGGAGAUGAAGAUGAGGAGGCGAUGGAGGCGAGAAAGAGGAGAUGGGGCACGGCAAUUCGCACAUACCCUACAGAGAAUAACGAUGAUGAUUUAGACGCAUUGUUGAGCAAUACUGCUAAAGGAAAGGGUCCAGCUUUAAAGUCCGAGACGGACGACGGUAUCAAGAUAGCGAUAAAGAAAGAGAAUGACGAGGAUCCAGAUACUCUAUCGAGUAGUAAAGGGAAGGAACCGGCUGUGAAGUCCGAGACAGAGGACGAUGUCAAAACCGACAUUCAAGAGCUGCCAGAAGCCACAGAGAAAAAUAGUGAGCUAGCAGCACCAGGGGUCAUCUUCAAGAAAAGAAAAGCCAAAAAUAUUCGCCAAAGAUGA